CCUGGAGAAUAAAACAUGAGGAACAAGGAGGCCUGAUGAAAGUGAAAGAGGAAAGACAAGAUCUGAAUGAGGUGGAGGAGAAACAUCAGGAUCAGAAAGAUCAUGAUGUCAAUGAAGAAAAAUCAGCGAGUUGCAGCAUUCAAAUAACAGAAGUUAAAAAGCCUUUCAGCUGCUCUCAGUGUGGAAACAGAUUCAAACAUAAAGGAAGCCUUAUGAAACAUGUGAGAAGUCAUAGUGAGGAAAAGCCUUUCAGCUGUUUUCAGUGUGGAAACACUUUCAAACGUAACGAAAACCUUAAGACUCACAUGUUAAUUCAUGCUGGAAUAAAGCCUUUUACCUGUUCUCAGUGUGGAAAGAGUUUUACACAGAAAGGACAACUUAAGAAUCAUCUGGUAAGUCACACUUCAGAAAAGCCUUUCACCUGCUCUGAGUGUGGAAACACUUUCACACGGAAAACACACCUUAAGAAGCACAUGUUAAUUCAUACUGGAAUAAAGCCGUACAGAUGCUCUCAGUGUGGAAAGUGUUUCACACAGAAAGGACACCUUUAUCAUCAUUUGGUAACUCACUCUUCAGAAAAACCUUUCAUCUGCUCUCAGUGUGGAAAGUCUUUCACACGUAAAGGAUACCUUAAGAAGCACAUGUUAAUUCAUGCUGGAAUAAAGCCUUUCAGCUGCUCUCAGUGUGGAAAAAGUUUCAUAUGUAAAGAAAUCCUGAGGAAUCACAUGUUAAUUCAUGCUGGAAUAAAGCCUUACAGCUGCUCUGAGUGUGGAAAGACUUUUACACAGAAAGGACACCUUAAGAAUCAUUUGGUAACUCACACUUCAGAAAAGCCUGCUCUCAGUGUGGAAAGAGUUUCAUAUGUAAAGGAAACCUGAAGAAGCACAUGUUAAGUCAUGCUGGGCAAAAGUAGAGUUGCCAAUCUUUCCGUAUAAUACGGAAUCGUCCCAUAUUUA